GAGGAAGCAGCCCGGAACUGCCUGCGCUCUUCCAUGGGCUGCCUGGGUCCCAGAGCGCAGUCCAGCACAGGCCUUGGAAUCCCACCCAGCCCCAGUUCCUCCUCCCUCCAGGACUCGUGUUGUGACUUCCUGAAGGUGCCACCGAGAUGGGCUAUGAGUUCUGGAUUCUUUGUCUUUGGAUUUUAUUCUCUGACUUUAGAUAUCUCCUGCCAGAAACGUAGAGGAAUAAGGUCAGGCAGACGCAUUGCACUGUCCAUACAAGAAGGGCCUGGAAAUGCUGGCUGUUGAAGGCACAGGCCUGGGAAGAGUUUCUGGAACAUGGCAAAUGUUCGAAUUGAAAGUCAUAACCUUAUAACACAGUGACUUGUGUUAUGGUUGUUUCGUAAGAAAUGUGAAAUCUGGAACCACACAAAACUGGUGGAACACUGAGAGAGGCAGCGUUUAAUGAGCAGAUGCUUUGUGCUAGGGUCCACAUUUGGUGGCUUAUUGUAUUAGUUGACUUAACCAGCCACAUACUCAAUGAAGGGUGAAAAGUUUGGACCUUUUGCUGGAGAGAAGAGGAUGCCUGAAGACUUGGAUGAAAAUAUGGACUACAGGCUGAUGUGGGAGGUUCGUGGGAGUAAAGGAGAAGUUCUGUACAUCCUGGAUGCUACCAAUCCACGAUACUCCAACUGGCUUCGCUUUGUUCAUGAGGCACCAUCUCAGGAGCAGAAGAACUUGGCUGCCAUUCAAGAAGGAGAAAACAUUUUCUACUUGGCAGUUGAAGAUAUAGAAACAGAUACAGAACUUCUGAUUGGUUACCUGGACAGUGACAUGGAGGCUGAUGAAGAGGAACAGCAAAUUAUGACAGUGAUCAAAGAGGGGAAAGUUGAAAAUUCUAAAGGACAAUCAGCAGCUGGCAGAAAAGAGGCCCAUGGCUGUGCAGAGGACUAUGCCUGUCCGCAGUGUGAAUCGAGCUUCCCCAGCCAGGAGAUUCUUGCCGAGCAUCUCCAAACAUUACACCAAGAGCCUACAGAGGAGAAAGAAUUUAAGUGCAAGAACUGUGGGAAGAAAUUCCCAGUUAAGCAGGCUUUGCAAAGACAUGGUCUUCAGUGCACAGCGAAAAGCAGUCUGAAGGAUUCUUCACGGAGUUUUCAGUGCUCUUUUUGCAAUUCUUCCUUCAGUUCAGCAUUGAGUUUUGAGCAGCACCAGGAGACCUGCCAGGGGGAUGCCAGGUUUGUGUGUAAAGCUGACAGCUGUGGGAAGAGGCUGAAGAGUAAGGAUGCCCUGAAAAGACACCAGGAAAAUGUCCACUCGGGAGAUACUAAGAAAAAGCUCAUGUGUUCAGUGUGCAAUAAAAAGUGUUCCUCAGCAUCAAGCCUACAGGAACAUAGAAAGAUUCAUGAGAUAUUUGACUGUCAAGAAUGUAUGAAGAAAUUUAUUUCAGCUAAUCAGCUAAAACGUCAUAUGAUCACCCACUCAGAAAAACGACCCUAUAAUUGUGAGAUUUGUAAUAAGUCUUUCAAGAGACUUGAUCAAGUGGGGGCCCACAAAGUAAUCCACAGUGAAGAUAAGCCUUACAAAUGCAAACUUUGUGGCAAAGGAUUUGCUCACAGAAAUGUAUACAAGAAUCACAAGAAGACUCACUCUGAAGAGAGACCAUUCCAGUGUGAUGAGUGUAAAGCUUUGUUCCGGACCCCAUUUUCUUUGCAGAGACACCUGCUAAUACAUAAUAGUGAGAGGACUUUCAAGUGUCAUCACUGCGAUGCUACCUUUAAAAGGAAAGAUACAUUAAAUGUUCAUGUCCAGGUAGUCCAUGAAAGACACAAGAAGUACAGGUGUGAACUAUGUAAUAAGGCAUUUGUUACGCCAUCUGUGCUCAGAAGUCAUAAGAAAACACAUACGGGAGAAAAGGAGAAAGUCUGCCCAUACUGUGGCCAGAAAUUUGCCAGCAGUGGGACGCUGCGAGUUCACAUCCGGAGCCACACAGGUGAGCGUCCCUAUCAAUGUCCUUACUGUGAAAAAGGAUUCAGUAAAAAUGACGGACUCAAGAUGCACAUUCGUACACACACCAGGGAGAAGCCAUACAAAUGCUCAGAGUGCAGCAAAGCCUUCAGCCAGAAGCGGGGCCUGGAUGAGCACAAGAGGACUCACACUGGAGAAAAGCCUUUCCAGUGUGAUGUUUGUGACUUGGCUUUUAGCCUGAAGAAAAUGCUGAUCCGACACAAGAUGACUCAUAAUCCCAAUCGUCCACUGGCAGAAUGCCAGUUUUGCCAUAAGAAGUUUACAAGGAAUGACUACCUCAAAGUGCAUAUGGACAAUAUCCAUGGUGUAGCUGACAGCUAAUGGUAGCUGUAAAGGACUUUAACCAUUCACAAGGGCUCCUAAUAUGAAUCCCAGCUUUUUCUCACCUGAUCAACAUAACAGAAAUAGCCAAAAGUAACUUACUGAUCUCAAAGUCUUAUUUGCUUACUUUUGGUGUUUAUAAGUGAAGAGAGAGAGAGAGAGAAGAGAGAGAGAGAGAGAAUAUCUUACUUUUACCAAGAAAUAGUACAGAUGGGAAAAAAAAGUCUAUAGCUUUGCAAAAUACUACUUGUGUUCUAUCUUAUAAAAAUGGAGAAGGGAGUCAUUGCUCUCUUGGCUAUCUCACUGCAAUGAAGUUUAUUGACACAUUUCUUCAUUAGGCCUUAUUUUAUUGUAAUUUUUCGUAUGUGUAUAUAUCUUCUGUAUGUGUGUGUAUGUAUAUGCACACUUUCAAGUGCUGAUUAUUGCAACUGGUUAUUACUAACUUAAAUAGAAGUUAAGAUAUCCAGCUAUUUCUUUACAAGUAAGAGUAAGAGUAAAAUUUUCACAAUCUCAAGCAUGAUAGCAUGAUAAAUACUUGCUAUUUUAUGAAACAAACCAAGAGUUUCUUUUAUUUAAUAGUUCAA